AUGGACAAAAGCGAUAUGGGCAAAGAGUCUGCGGAUAAACAGACAUCAUCACUAGCCACCGAUCUUCAGUACAUCCCCUACGACCAUUCACUCGAAAGAAAGUACUUGCCUUCCAUUAAAGCACUCAUCGCCAAGGACUUGAGUGAGCCAUACAGCAUAUAUGUUUAUCGAUACUUUCUCUCUCAAUGGAAAGAUCUAUGUUUUAUGGCGCUUUCUCCUACUACGCAAGCUCUUAUCGGAGUCAUAAUUUCUAAGCUCGAAGUCCAUGUCUCACAUUCUCCCGCCACAUUUAGGGGCUACAUAGCAAUGCUUGCUGUGUCAUCAGAGCAUAGAAAUCACGGAAUAGCGACAUCAUUAGUGAGGCAGACAAUUGACGCCAUGAUAGCGCGUGGAGCAGACGAGGUUGUGUUAGAGACGGAAGAGACAAACGCUGCCGCCAUGAAAAUAUAUGAAAGAUUAGGCUUCAUCCGCAGUAAAAAGUUACACAGAUACUACCUUAACGGUAAUAGUGCUUUCAGACUCGUCUUAUAUCUAAAGGGGACUGAAGAAAUGAGAAGAGAAGGUUAUGUAUAA